AUGAAUGGGUUUGUUACACCUGAUCAUUUUUCAGAUGGUGGUAUACCUAUUUUUACACCAACUUUCGAACAAUUUAAAGAUUUUUAUCAGUUUAUUAAAUCAAUUAAUAGUUAUGGAAUGCAAAGUGGUAUAGUUAAAAUUAUUCCACCACAAGAAUGGUUAAAUUUACAAAAUUUACCACCAUCAAAAGAUGAUUUAGAAAAAAUUAAAAUUUUUCAUCCAACUGAACAACAAAUUUCUGGUGAAAAAGGUAUUUAUGUUGUACAAAAUAUUGAAAAAAAUAAAAAUUUUAAUUUAUUACAAUGGAAAAAUUUAUCAUUAAAUUAUGCUUUACCAACAUCAUCAUCAAAUAAUAACAAUAAUACCAUUAUUGAUAAUGAUAUAAAAUUAUCAAAUUUUGAUGAUUUAUCAUCCUUAAUUAAUUCAAAUUCAAAUUUAUUUCAAUAUACUGAUAAAGAAAGAUUAAUUUUUUUAGAAAAUUAUUAUUGGAAGACACUUAAUUUUACAGCUCCUUUAUAUGGCGCAGAUACUCCAGGAAGUUUAUUUUCAAAAGAUUUAAAAAUUUGGAAUGUUGCAAGUUUACCAAAUUUUUUAGAUUAUUUAGAUGAAAAAAUUCCAGGUGUUAAUGAAUCUUAUUUAUAUGCAGGUUUAUGGAAAUCAAGUUUUUCAUGGCAUUUAGAAGAUAAAGAUUUAUAUUCAAUUAAUUAUAUUCAUUUUGGUGCACCAAAGCAAUGGUAUUCAAUUCCACAAUCUCAUGAAAAACAAUUUUUAUCAUAUGUUAAAGAACAAUUUCCACAAGAAUUUAAAUCUUGUCCUGAAUUUUUGAGACAUAAACAAGUUCUUAUAUCGCCAAAGACUUUAAGAAAUAAUGGAAUACCUGUGAAUAAAAUUACUCAUUAUCAAAAUGAAUUUAUUAUUACUUUCCCUUAUGGUUAUCAUGCAGGUUUUAAUUAUGGAUUUAAUUUAGCUGAAUCUGUAAAUUUUGCAACUGAUGAUUGGUUAGAUAUUGGUGAACGUGCACAAUCUUGUAAUUGUGUAAAUGAUUCAGUUAGAAUUGAUGUUAAAAAAUUAAAAGAAAAUUGGGAAAAUAAUAAAAAUAGAAAAUUUAAUGAAUUAUUAAAUCAUAGUUCACAAGAAUUACAAAAUAUUACUACUUCGUUAUCUUCAUCUUCAUCAACAAAUAAAUUGAAAUUACACAAUGAUUCAUCCAAUACUAAUACUAAUAAUAACAACAACGGCAAUAGUAAUAACAACAAUCAUAAUAAUAUGAAAUCAACUACUAAUGGAUUAAUAAAAGAAAAUUCAAUGGCUCCUUUAUUCCCAAAUAUGUCCUUAAGAUCGACUAGUCCAAGUUUAAAUCAAUCUAUGAAUCAACUUAAUACUUCAUUGAGUAGAGUAUCCUCACCAUUCUUAUCAAGAAUGAUGGAUUUAUCGAAUAUUAUUGAGCCUACCUUGGAUGACCAAACACUGAAAAGAAGAUUGGUUUCACCACAACCUUUGACAAUGGGUAACAACCAAAUGAAUUCGAAUCAACAACAAAGACAAUUUCACCAACAGCAACAACAACAACAACAGUUAACCAACCAAAAAAAUCAACCUUCAGGGAGUGUUCCAUUGGCACCACUGGCUGUGAGAUCAUUUACUACCCCAUCAUCUGCUCUCUUUGACUAUAGUGACGAUAACUUAUUGGCGCUAAGUUUAACAUCAAUGGCAAAUAGUGGGAAUUCUUCACCGAGAUUAAGAAAACCAAUGUUGAAUUCACCAAUUGAUCAUUUUAAUAAUGGUAAUAAUGGUAACAUAGGUGGAUUAAUGACUUCAUCAAAUAACUAUACCAGUUCUUUAAGACCAUUAUUUUCCCCUUCUGCUAAUAAUAAUACUCAUCAGUUAGCUUAUGAAACUGUACCAUUAUCUAAUAAUAAUAGAUUAUUGAAUAAUACUAAUUUUUCUCCAAAUAAUAUGAAUACAAGUAGUCCCUUAUUACAGUCAUACCCAUCAAAUUAUAAUAUAUCAUCACCAACUUCCGCACCAUUCAUUAAACGUCCAAAAUCUUCGAAUAUUGUAACAUUAAAUAUAUCAAGAGAAUCAUCCAGAAGUCCCAUUGCAUUAACCUCUAUUGAAAACACGAAUUCUAAUCAAAUAUUACCAAAUGGUAAUAAUAUAAAUGGCAGUAAUAAUAUUAAUAAUAACAACAACAACAAUCAGAACAACAUUAAAUAUUCAUCAUUAAAUCAAAUCGAAAAUCCAAGUGGCAGGAUCCCAAUGGAUAAUGGAAUGCCUUUAACAAAGAAACAAAAAUUAGGUAAGAGGAUAUUAUCAUCCCCAUCAUCUGGUUUGGCCACUGCCAUCCCAAUAUCAAAUGCAUUAUUAGUAAAGGAUACAUCAACAAUGACGGCAACAGCAACAAAUACAGCAAUACAGAAUAACAAUAACAACAUCGAUAAUAUGAUAAGUAUUGCUAAUAACAAUAGUAAUAAUAACAAUAAUAACGGCGAAUAUGGAGAUAAUAUUAAUGAAGAAAAACAACAUUCAUUACAAGGGACAACAGUCAUGCAUAAUCAACCAAGUAAAUUUACAUCAGAAGAAGUUGUUGUAUCAAAGUUUGGGAAAGUUUAUGUUUGUCAGGAAUGUAAACGUCAAUUUUCUUCAGGACAUCAUUUAACAAGGCACAAGAAAUCGGUACAUUCUGGAGAGAAACCUUAUUCAUGUCCAAAAUGUGGGAAAAGAUUUAAAAGACGUGAUCAUGUUUUACAACAUCUGAACAAAAAGAUACCUUGUAUCCCAAACGCUCCAGAAUCGUAA